UUUUGACCUUUGGAAUUUUGUGGAUAACUGUGGCGUUAUACAACAUAACAUUAUUUAGCUAGUUAAAUAAAAACACAACUACCAAAUUACUCCACCAACUCUCUUGAGUUAGUCUUCCCGACCAAUCAGCUUCGACGUCAAUGUUUAGCGUGUCUGUGUAUGCACGGGGAGUGUCUGUACCACACCGAUAAGACAGCCCUGCCCGUUCAACAAACUUAUAUCACAAUAUUGCAGCAUGCCUUAAGGUUUUCACUGUAACGGUAGGUGUGUAGCAUUAAUUAGCUAGUCCGACAAAACAUACUGUAACGUUACAUACUGUACGGACAACAACUGAGUGAGGGGGCCUUCUGCCAGAGUCAGGUGACUGACAAACUGACAAACUCUUAUCUGACAAGGAGUUGGGUGGGUGAAAGGUUCUGAAACAGGACUAACAGGGCAAAGAAACAUGUGGCUGCCUAUGCUUGGGAUGACUGCCCUGCCGCACCUGGGAGGGCUCGUUGGCGGUUACAUCACACGCCAACAGGUAAAGACCUGGUACCCGACCCUGAAGAAACCAUCAUGGCGCCCACCAAAUGCAGCAUUCCCUAUCGUGUGGACCUGUCUGUAUACAGGCAUGGGGUAUGGCUCCUACCUGGUGUGGAAAGAGCUGGGAGGUUUUACUGAGGAUGCACUGGUUCCACUGGGACUUUAUGGGCUGCAGCUAGCACUGAACUGGACCUGGACCCCUAUCUUCUUUGGUGCACACAAGCUGAAAUUGGCACUCAUGGAAAUUGUUCUUCUCACGGGUACCGUCGCAGCCACCAUGGUGUCUUGGUAUCCCAUCAACCGCACUGCCACACUGCUGAUGGCGCCCUACCUGUCCUGGCUGUGCCUCGCCACCUCUCUCAACUACUGCAUAUGGAGGGACAACAGUGAGGAGAAAGAAGACUAGGGAGACCGUUCUGUGUGCUUUGUGAUUUUUCUUGUAAUUAAAUUGCUGCACUGUUUAGCUUUUAGUUUUAGACCAUAACGUUGGCUAAUGUGAAUGUAAAAAUAAAAAAAGAUGAUACAAAGAAGUCAUGAGGUCAUUGAUAGUUUUAUCAUAGUUUUUCUUGCUUGCCAUCUGCAGCAAUGAGGCAGCAGCAUAAUAUACACCUUAGCCUUACUCCGUCUGAGGAUAAAACAACCUGCCUCUGAUCCAUCUUUGUUGUUUUGUUACCCAAACUGAAUAGAUCCCUGCUAAAAAUUCAAAGCUCUUAAUGCAAUAUUGAUCAGGCUACUUCUUUAAAGUGAACGAGAAUCACCUUGUUAUAUUGUGACAGCUUUUGAACGCAACUAUGACUAUAAUAUGGACUAAUAAAAUAAUCUUUUGGGGUUUGUCAAGUGUAAAAUGCAUUUAUUAGCUUUGUUUAAAUAAAUGUCUCAUUUAUAAUGAAGAGUAUUGUUACUUGUAGUUAUGGCUAUAACUCCAUUCAAAUAAACUUUUAUAUCCACUUUA